AAUCACGAUGGAGGCAUGUGAUGUGUUUUGAGAGCAUUUCAAGUGGUCCCAGGUCGCUUUUAGCUACCUUUGCCCUCACUGGUUUAGCCAAGCAGACCUCGGGUUGUUGAUAAGGAAGCGUGUCGAUAAUGCAGCUCAUUACAACAGUUGUGUUCGCUAUUAGCUUGCUAAGUGUCCCAAGCGAGACUCGACCUCAAAUCCACAGCUUGUUGCAAACAAAUACUCUGUCUUCCGACAUAAAAACAGAUCGGCCCAUCAUAGGCAUCCUGGCCCAAAACACAUAUGGCUAUCUUAAGAAAACUUUUGGCCCAGCAUACAUUGUUGCCUCUUACAUCAAAUACAUAGAAUCUGCUGGAGGAAGAGUUGUACCAAUUAGAAACAACUUGACAGAGGACCAGUUAGAAGAUUUGUUCAGCUCGAUCAAUGGAGUAUUAUUUCCAGGUGGUGGAGCAGAUAUAUAUGAUUCACCUUACUCAAGGACAGGCAAAAUAAUCUUUAAUCUGGCAAAGAAGGCCAAUGAUGCCGGAGAUGUCUUUCCACUCUGGGGAACUUGCUUGGGAUUCCAAUUUCUCAGUGUUCAAGGAGUUGGUGGAAGAGAAAUUACAUCGCCUGUGGAUGGUGUAGAUUUUAGUGUUCCUUUGAAUAUCAGUGAAGGUUACAAGUCCAGUCGCCUUUUGGGAUCUGCACCUGAAGAAAUAAUAGCUUACCUAAAAACAGACAAUGUUACUUACAACCACCACCAGAAGUGUAUAUCUACAGAGACAUAUUCAAAUGAUGAGCAAUUGAAGAAGUUCUACAAAUGUCUGUCAACCAACAGAGGCAAGGAAGGAAAGGAGUUUUUAUCAACAAUUGAAGCUUAUGAUUAUCCAUUUUAUGGUACUCAAUGGCAUCCUGAAAAGAACUCCUUUGAAUGGACCCUUCAUGAGGCCAUAAAUCACUCUAAAGAGGCGGUAGCCGUUACGCAGUAUGUGGCAGAUUUUUUUGUCAACCAAGCUCGUCUGAGUGAACACAGGUUUUCAAGCAAGGAAGAAGAAGAUGCUGCUUUGAUUUACCACUAUGAUCCAAUCUACUGUGAACCCGAAAUAACACACUUUGAGCAGUGCUACAUUUUCUAAAAGCGGCUCAGUAGUGGCUUGUGGCUCGUGCCUCAUAAAGAAAUUCGAAAGGUUUUGAAAGUGUGUCCGUCAUAGGCUUAAGUAUUUACUGUGGAAUCCUUUUAGUGGUGAUUUCUUUUACUAAUUAACUGCAAAAAAUUGAAAAUUUUUAGUGUAUGAUGCUUAGAUUGUCCAAUUGUGAAUUUGACGCGUACGCGGUGCUAUUUUACUUAUUAAGUCUGUACUAUCCAAUAACGUUCGAGAAUUUUUUUUACCAUAAUUGGCAAUUUUCUUUUAAGUGGCUAAGUAAGAUAAAGCGCUUUGAGUAUGGUAGAACCAAACCCAGAGUUAUCGCAACGCCGAACUAGAAGAGGGAAAAAUAUAUAAAUUAACCAAAGAUAACUCAAAGUGAAGGCACGUGAAAAUAGGCCAUUCUUAGAUUGAAGGAAAGGUCAAAAUGUUUGGCGUCAUCAUUUGAAUUACUGGCACCUUUUGUACUUUUACAGUAGUUUUGAUAAUUGGUAGGGGUUGGGUUAACUUUUAUAAAUUUAUACGACGUAAUCUAUCUACUACAGCAAAUUUAGGUUAAAAGAAAAAGUAAUUAGUUAUGUGCUAGAAUCGUGGUAAAAUUAUGUAGAUACACCGGCAAAAUAGAAUAAAGAUACUUUGUACGCUG